UAUCCCUAUUGCUAUGCCUACUGUCUUGUCUGUCACCAUGGCUAUUGGCUCUCACAGGCUCUCUCAGCAAGGUGCCAUCACCAAGCGUAUGACUGCCAUUGAAGAAAUGGCGGGGAUGGAUGUUCUGUGCAGUGACAAAACCGGGACGCUGACUCUAAAUAAACUGAGUGUGGAUAAAAACUUAGUUGAGGUUUUCUGCAAGGGUGUGGAGAAAGAUCAGGUUCUGUUGUUUGCAGCUAUGGCUUCAAGGAUUGAGAACCAGGAUGCCAUUGAUGCAGCCAUGGUUGGGAUGCUUGCUGAUCCAAAGGAGGCUAGAGCUGGCAUCAGAGAGGUUCACUUCCUUCCGUUUAACCCUGUGGAUAAGAGAACUGCUUUGACUUACAUAGACUCAAGUGGUAGCUGGCAUAGAGUCAGUAAAGGUGCUCCUGAGCAGAUCCUUGAGCUUGCCAAAGCCAACAGUGAUCUUAGUAAGAAGGUGCUCUCUAUCAUCGACAAGUAUGCUGAGCGUGGUCUAAGGUCUUUGGCUGUUGCUCGUCAGGUGGUGCCUGAGAAAACAAAGGAAAGUCCAGGUGGACCAUGGGAGUUUGUUGGUUUGUUGCCACUCUUUGAUCCACCAAGACAUGACAGUGCUGAAACAAUUAGAAGGGCUUUGAAUCUUGGUGUUAAUGUCAAGAUGAUCACUGGUGAUCAGCUUGCUAUUGGUAAAGAAACUGGUCGGAGACUCGGAAUGGGAACAAACAUGUAUCCAUCUUCAGCUCUUCUCGGUACUCACAAGGACGCAAACCUUGCAUCCAUUCCUGUUGAGGAGUUAAUAGAAAAAGCUGAUGGUUUCGCUGGAGUCUUCCCAGAGCACAAGUACGAGAUUGUGAAGAAGUUACAAGAGCUGAAACAUAUCGUUGGGAUGACUGGUGAUGGUGUGAAUGAUGCUCCUGCUUUAAAGAAAGCUGAUAUUGGUAUAGCUGUGGCUGAUGCUACUGAUGCAGCUCGUGGCGCUUCGGAUAUAGUUCUCACUGAGCCUGGACUUAGUGUUAUCAUCAGUGCCGUUCUCACCAGCAGAGCUAUAUUCCAGAGAAUGAAGAACUACACUAUUUACGCAGUCUCAAUCACAAUCCGGAUUGUGUUUGGUUUCAUGCUUAUUGCUCUGAUAUGGAAGUUUGACUUCUCAGCGUUCAUGGUUCUGAUCAUUGCCAUUCUUAACGAUGGUACCAUCAUGACAAUCUCAAAGGACAGAGUCAAGCCAUCUCCCACGCCUGAUAGCUGGAAACUUAAAGAGAUUUUUGCAACUGGAGUUGUCCUUGGUGGUUACCAAGCCAUGAUGACUGUUAUUUUCUUCUUGGCGGCACACAAGACUGACUUUUUCUCGGACACGUUUGGUGUGAGGUCCAUUAGGAACAAUAACAACGAGCUAAUGGGUGCAGUGUACCUGCAAGUUAGUAUCAUUAGUCAGGCUUUGAUCUUCGUCACAAGAUCAAGGAGUUGGUCAUUUGUUGAACGUCCUGGGGCGUUACUGAUGGUUGCUUUCCUCAUUGCACAACUUGUUGCUACUUUGAUUGCGGUUUACGCUAACUGGGAGUUUGCAAAGGUUAGAGGUAUUGGAUGGGGAUGGGCUGGAGUGAUCUGGCUAUACAGUAUUGUAACAUACUUCCCACAAGACAUUUUCAAGUUUGCCAUUAGAUACAUCUUGAGCGGUAAGGCUUGGCUCAACUUGUUUGAGAACAAGACGGCUUUCACAAUGAAGAAAGAUUAUGGAAAAGAAGAGAGGGAGGCUCAAUGGGCACUUGCUCAGAGGACACUUCACGGUUUGCAGCCAAAAGAAGCUGUUAACAUCUUCCCUGAGAAAGGAAGUUACAGAGAAUUGUCUGAGAUUGCAGAGCAGGCUAAGAGAAGAGCUGAGAUUGCUAGGCUUAGGGAGCUGCACACACUCAAGGGACAUGUGGAAUCAGUGGUGAAGCUAAAGGGCUUGGACAUUGAAACUCCAGGACACUACACUGUCUAAUAUGUUCUUGUUUUCGUUCUUCACCACCUCUUACGGUUACUGUUUAUUUAGGAAGAUCUUUGUUUAUUGCUAUAACUCUUUCCUAAAUCAUAUUGUUAGUGUUCUUGUUUCUCAGAGUUCCAUAUGUAAUCUCUUUCGAAGAAUCAAGGCAUGCCUUUGUCUUUGGCACUUUACACAACACAUAACACAAUUUUCUUUGCUCUUAUUCCAUGAGCCUACAUAUAACCUUA